UGGAGUAUUGAUAAAAAAAAGGAUUUAAAUUAAAAGCAAUUAUUCCCCUGACAGGUAUCUUCUGAAUUGAGUAAUCAGAUAUUCACCAUCUCACAUCUGAUGGACGAAGGAAACAUCCAAGCUACGGUUGCCGGCAUGCCAUGUCGGUUCCUUAUUGAUUCUGGAGCCCAGGUCAACACAUUUACGGAAGCCUUAUUUCGCAGAAUGAUUUCGGAUCCUAAUUACAGUGUACAUGUCUUCAACAUACAAGAGAAAUCGGACCGCACUCUAAAAGCAUAUGCUACGAUAGGUGAAAUCGAGGUUCUUGCUACGUUUGAAGCUAACUUGUUUAUUUCAAACGAUCGACCAGUAUACUUGGAAAAGUUUUACGUUGUAAGAGAGCUUCGCUCGCUUCUGGGUCGACCUACAGCGACGAGAUACAGCGUACUAAUGCUGGGAGUUAAGGUACCGGUCAGUUCCGAUCAAAAUCCAACGAUAUCCUUCUUAACCGGAGAGAUAGCAUUGGUGAAUGCUAAGAACGUUUUCCCGAAGUUCAACAUACCUCCAGUAAAAAUCUCGUACAAUAAAUCAGUACCGCCGUGCCGAAAUGUAUAUCUGAGCAUUCCACAGUCAGUGAGACCAUUAGUUGAAGAAAGAUUGCAACAACUAGUAAGUGCCGAUAUCAUAGAACGAGUAACAGACGAUAUGGAUACGUCUUUCUGCUCGUCAAUGAUUGUAGUACCGAAAGGGAAACACGACAUUCGACUCGUAAUCGACUUAAGGGGGCCUAACCAGUAUAUCUACCGUACACCAUUCAGUAUGCCAACUUUGGAGAGCAUCGUAGCUGAUUUGAACGGCGCCCAUUGGUUCUCUACUAUAGACUUGAGUAACGCCUACUUCCAUGUGGAACUCGAUACCGAAUCACGCCACUUGACCAAUUUCUUCACAGAAUUCGGCAUGUUCCGCUGUGUACGACUACCUUUUGGUCUGUGCAAUGCUCCCGAUAUAUUUCAGGAGAUACUACAGAGGAAAAUACUCGGUGGUUGUAAAGGCGUUAAAAAUUAUCAGGAUGAUGUACUGGUUUUCGGAGGCACGAAGGAUGAGCAUGAUACUAAUCUUGCAAUAGUGAUGGCCAGAUUGAAAGAGCACAACGUGAAAUUAAAUGAGUCAAAAUGCGUUUUUGGAAGUCAAAAGGUUGACUUUCUCGGAUUUGUUUUGACACCGAAAGGUUGGGAAAUCGAUGAGGAAAAAAUGGCCGCAAUAAAAAGCUUCCGCAGGCCGCAGAAUUGUGGAGAAGUGAAGAGUUUUCUAGGUUUGGUAACCUUUAUCGACCGUUUCUUAUUGAAAAGGGCUGAUAUAACAGUAAACCUAAGAGCAUUGGCUAAUUCUGAUGUAUUCCAUUGGACAGAGCGAGAAGAAAAAGAAUUUCGUUUCCUACAAGAAGGUGCUCUAAAUGUUAUUAAAACGCUGGGUUACUAUAGCACUACAGAUGAAAUUGAACUAUAUGUAGAUGCAUCUCCAAUUGGGUUGGGGGCGGUCCUAGUACAGUUCAAUGGAACUGGUAUACCUAGGGUUAUCGCAUGCGCCUCCAAAUCUCUAACGUGUACAGAGAAAAAGUAUCCCCAGGCGCAUAAAGAGUCUCUGGCUGUCGUUUGGGGCGUAGAAAGAUUUGCUUCAUACUUACUAAGCAGACAUUUCACUGUAAGAACCGACGCAGAAGCUAAUGAGUUCAUCUUCGGAACUAAUCAUCGUAUCGGUAGACGAGCGUUGGCACGGGCAGAUGCGUGGGCCCUUAGACUGCAGCCUUUUGAUUUCGAUAUAAAAAGAAUACCAGGAGAAUCUAAUGUAGCAGACGCGCUAUCAAGACUAAUCAACGGGUCACAAGAAGCCAUACCUUUCGAAGAGGAAAACGGGAAUCAUUUUCUGUUCGCACUCGAUACAGGUUCCUUAGAUCUAACUUGGGAGGAAAUUGAAAAUGCUUCUGAAACAGACGCUGAAAAUCAACUGCUGCGUACUGCAAUUGAACUAGAUCAGUGGCCUCCAGAGCUACGAAAAUUUGAAGCUCAGAAGAAGUACCUACAUUCCCUGGGGUUCCUAAUCUUCAAGGACAAUCGUAUUAUUUUGCCGGAGGCUCUACGUCAACGUGCCAUGCAGACCGCUCAUGGUGGCCACAUAGGGGAAGUUACAAUGAAGCGUAUUAUGAGGGAAUAUUUCUGGUGGCCAAGAAUGUCGUCCGAAGUUGAAUGUUUUGUGAAGAAAUGUGAAACCUGCAUCCGACUUUCCAGAAAGAAUCCACCUGUUCCACUUAGCAGUCGAGAAUUACCUGAUGGGCCUUGGCAGAUACUGCAAGUCGAUUUCCUCAGCAUCCCUGGCUUUGGGUCAGGAGAAUUCUUAGUCAUCGUCGACACUUUCUCAAGAUACAUAUCUGUGGUUGAAAUGCGGCAUAUGGAUGCUGAAAGUACAAACGCAGCACUCUGUGAAGUGUUCCAGCUCUGGGGUUGUCCGCUCAUUUUACAGAGUGACAAUGGGCCACCCUUUCAAAGUACACAUUUCAUCAAAUUCUGGGAAGAUAAAGGUAUAAGAGUACGUAAGUCUAUCCCGCUUAGCCCGCAAUCAAAUGGGGCGGUAGAGCGCCAGAAUCAAGGGUUGACUAAAGCACUGGCAGCAUCCAAAAUUGAGGGAACUAAUUGGAGACGGGCCCUACAGUUGUAUGUCCAUAAUCACAACAACAUAGUCCCACAUUCGAGAUUAUUGGUGACUCCGUUUGAACUAAUGUGCGGUUGGAAAUUUCGGGGCCAUUUUCCUUGCCUUUGGGAACACUCACGUAAACUGGUUGAUCAUACAGACGUACGCGAACGGGAUGCUGAAACGAAAUUGAUAAGCAAAAAAGAUGCAGAUUCAGCUCGCGGUGCAAAACAGUCCGACAUAAAAAUUGGCGAUACAGUUCUACUAGCUCAGAGCAGGAAAACGAAAACAGAUCCCAUUUUCUCCAGCGAACGGUACAAAGUUAUAGCAAGAGAUGGUCCAAAAGUUGUUGUGGUCAGCAAAAAUGGCAUUCAGUACGCUCGAAAUGUGCAGGAUGUGAAAAUGGCUCCAACGGUGUCAGUUGAGAACACUUCCGACAUCAAUACUGAGGUCUCCGCUUCAGACAGCACUGAGAAUUUGUCUCGGACAAAGCACAACAAUCCGGAAUAUUCUUAUUUAUCCAUCGAUGAAGCUAAUCCUUCGACCUCCGUUGACGUGGGCGGAUGUAAACCGUCAGAAUUCAAAGAGCUCCGGCGACGAGACAUCAUAAAAAGACCAAGUCGGUACGAUGAGAAGUUCGUUUAUACCGUGUUCCAGUAG